AUGGCCUACAUCCUGCACCAGUCCCCCGCCGGCCAUGGCCACGGCACAGUGGGCUAUGAGCAGCUGGAGAGCUCUGGGGGGUGCCAGCCUGGCCAUGCCCCCCUGCCUGGCAGCACCAGCGUGCGGGCAGCCUUCGUCCACGUGGUGGGUGACCUGCUGCAGAGCGUCGGUGUCCUCGUGGCUGCCACCAUCAUCUACUUCAAGCCCCAGUGCAAGAUCGCAGACCCCAUCAGCACUCUCUUCUUCUCGGUCUUUGUCCUCGGUUCCACCUUCACCAUCCUCAGGGAUGUCUUCAGGGUCCUCAUGGAAGGGACACCACGGGGCGCCGAGUUCGAUGCGGUGAAGGAGGUGCUGCUGGGGGCCACCUCUGAGGAAGGGGGAUCCUGCCCCACCACCCACCCCCACGGAGCCCUGCCGUCCCAGCAGGAAGGGAUGUCCCCUGUGGGGGGACCCUAG